GUUUGGUUAAUCUCAUUUUGCAGAAGCCAAGAAAGAGGUUAUUCCUUGAGUUAGGAGAAGUUGGUUUGCUUUGUUUGUGGUUUUUUUUAUAAUCUUUUCUACGUGAAGGGAAAGUGGGAAAUAUUGUUUGGAAGUGGAAAUAUACUCUAGUGGGAAUCUACUAGGAGUAAUUUAUUUUCUAUAAACUAAGCAAAGUUUGGAAGGUGACAAAAAGAAAGACAAAAAUCUUGGAAUUGUUUUAGAAAACCAAGGUUUUCUUGCUCAGAAUGUCUGUUGCCUUGUUAUGGGUUGUUUCUCCUUGUGAGGUCUCAAAUGGGACAGGAUUCUUGGAAUCAGUCCGGGAGGGAAACCGUUUUUUUGAUUCAUCGAGGCAUAGGAAUUUGGUGUCCAAUGAGAGAAUCAAUAGAGGUGGUGGAAAACAAACUAAUAAUGGGCGGAAAUUUUCUGUACGGUCUGCUAUUGUGGCUACUCCAUCUGGAGAACGGACGAUGACAUCGGAACAGAUGGUCUAUGAUGUGGUUUUGAGGCAGGCAGCCUUGGUGAAGAGGCAGCUGAGAUCUACCGAUGAGUUAGAAGUGAAGCCAGACAUACCUGUUCCUGGGAAUUUGGGCUUGUUAAGUGAAGCAUAUGAUAGGUGUGGUGAAGUAUGUGCAGAGUACGCAAAGACGUUUAACUUAGGAACUAUGCUAAUGACUCCCGAGAGAAGAAGGGCUAUCUGGGCAAUAUAUGUAUGGUGCAGGAGAACAGAUGAACUUGUUGAUGGCCCGAAUGCAUCAUAUAUUACCCCGGCAGCCUUAGAUAGGUGGGAAGAUAGGCUAGAAGAUGUUUUCAAUGGGCGGCCAUUUGACAUGCUUGAUGGUGCUUUGUCCGAUACAGUUUCCAACUUUCCAGUUGAUAUUCAGCCAUUCAGAGAUAUGAUUGAAGGAAUGCGUAUGGACUUGAGGAAGUCGAGAUACAAAAACUUCGACGAACUAUAUCUCUAUUGUUAUUAUGUUGCUGGUACGGUUGGGUUGAUGAGUGUUCCAAUUAUGGGUAUCGCACCUGAAUCAAAGGCAACAACAGAGAGUGUAUAUAAUGCUGCUUUGGCUUUGGGGAUCGCAAAUCAAUUAACCAACAUACUCCGAGAUGUUGGAGAAGAUGCCAGAAGAGGAAGAGUCUACUUGCCUCAAGACGAAUUAGCACAGGCAGGUCUAUCCGACGAAGACAUAUUUGCUGGAAGGGUGACCGAUAAAUGGAGAAUAUUUAUGAAGAAGCAAAUCCAUAGGGCAAGAAAGUUCUUUGAUGAUGCAGAGAAAGGAGUGACAGAAUUAAGCGCAGCUAGUAGAUUCCCUGUAUGGGCAUCUUUGGUCUUGUACCGCAAGAUUCUCGACGAGAUUGAAGCCAAUGACUACAACAACUUCACAAGGAGAGCUUAUGUGAGCAAAUCAAAGAAGUUGAUUGCAUUACCUAUUGCAUAUGCAAAAUCUCUUGUGCCUCCUACAAGAACUAUCUCUCUUCUAAGCUAAAGAAUGAAAUCAAGAUAUAUAUAUAAAAAAAUAAAAUCAAGGCUAAUUAAGCAAUAUACAUUAGAAAAAAAAAGGAAGAAGAAAUAUUGUUGUAUUGAUAUAAAUGUAUAUCAUCAAGAUUAGGUUGUAGUAAAAUUCAAUAUAACAAUCUCU